AUGUGUCACCCCCGCUCGGAUACCACGGCCGCGUCCGACGCCGCCGCUGCCCUCCUCCUCCUCACGGGGAGCCCUCCUUCCUCGCUCGACGGGACUGAGGGCACACCUCCUCUUGUGACUACUGAGCAGCCCUCGCAGGCCAAGCACAAUCCUGCCCAGACCAAGAACACUCGCAAGGCCACACCCAAGAACAAGAAGCCCCGCUCCCCGUGCCGCCGCACUUCUCGCACGAGCCAGCAGCCCGUCAAGCCUGAGCUCGACUACUCGGGCCUCAAUGAGGACGAGGUCGCUGAAGUAAACGCCCACCCGGCCCUCUUCCGCUCCAAGGCCAUUGCCGUCAUCCAUUGCCGCAACCAGCCGGACAAGUAUGAGCUCGCGGAGUAUCCCUGCGACAAGUGUUUCGGCAAGUGGGAGUGCUACGUCCGCCGCCCUGAGCCUGUUGUCGAGUCGCCUUCCUCCUCUUCGUCCGAGCCAUCCACCAAGAAGAAGGGCCGCUGCACGCGCAAGACCUUUGCCGGCACGGCGUGCGCCAGCUGCAAGAAGGGCAAGUGCUCGUUCUCGGAUGGCCGUGGCGGCCACAACAAGCGUGCCCAUGUCGAGAAGACUGCCAACCCCAACCUUGGCGUUGGUCACGCGCACGGACCCAGCGGCGGCCGUGUGACGCGUAACAUCUCGGCGACGUCGUCGGGCUUGUCGUCUGUCAACACGCUUUUGAGCGCCAACACUGUCGACUCGGCCACUGCCGUCUCGGCCAUUGUGGGAACGGAGCCGAAGCCGGACACCCGCAGCCGUAGCCGCCGUGUCACUGCCGCCGCCUCGCGUCACUCGACCGCCACUGCCGCCAUCAGUGGGCCCAACGGCCACACGCACCUGCGUGCCCCCGAGCCCGAGACCGCGACGCGCUACGGCGGCAGCGAGCGCAAGGUCUCGUACAAGCGUUCUCGCUCGUACUCGUUCGACGACGAGGACGAGGACGCGUACCAUGGCCCAGACUACCCCGCUGCCAAGCGCAGCCACACGGCCGCCACCACCCCCACCAGCCCCAUCACCGCCAUCACGCACAUCACUACGGCCACGCGCUCGGACACGGAGGCGGACGUGCACCCGCGCCGCCACAUGUACGCUCCGGCUCCUCCUCUUGGGUACGCGUACCACCCCCACGACAGCUACCCUUACGCCCGCGCCCACGAGCACGAGCAGGACGCGUACCAGAGCCCGUACCACAACCCGUACGACAGCCCGGACUACCCCGAGCCACAGUGGCUGGGCCGCAUGGCCCCCGCCGAGGGUGUCGAGGACGACCCGGUUGCGUACGGCGACCAUGGCGCGUACCCGUAUCCCGCGGGGACGAGCAUGGCGCUCCUCGCGCCGGCCACGAGUCACUGCGCACACGAAUGCGCACACUGCGGCUCGUCGUGGUGA